AUGACUUCUUCGUAUAUGUACCAGAUGCAAAGUAUUUUGACGGCUUGUUUUGCUCCAGACACUAAGCUUCCUAAAGACUGGUUUAGGAACCAAAGCACCAUUGAACUCUUAAGUGAAGCACAGCGAGACAUACUUUUUUCUGAAAACAGUGAAGAACAGCGAGUAGGUAAAAAAUCCCAGUCGCCAAAACUCUAUGAAAACCGUGAAAAAUUGCCAAACGGUUUGAGAGGAUAUUAUGUUCAUAGACUUCUUGUAAAUAAUGUGGCACAAUGGGCUUCAGCUCGCUAUUCAUGGUAUGUUUGUAAACUUCUUGACGAACUUCACAGACAAGAACACGAAGAUAUGGAAAAGAAACUUCUUCAUAUAUGUUUUGUCAUGAUUUCAUCGUUUAUGUUUUCAUUAAUGAUUUCAUAA